AUGACCGACACAGUGACUCUCCACACCUAUUUCUACUCCUCCUGCUCAGGAAGACUCCGCAUAGCCCUGCACCUAAAGCAAAUCCCUUUCAAAUCCGUCUAUGUGAACCUCCUAAAGGGCGAGCAAUCCUCCCCAGCCCAUCUGGCCAUCAACCCCUCAGGAACUGUGCCCGCCCUAGUAAUCCAACGCAACUCCAAAGCACCAGUGACAAUCACUCAAUCUCUCGCCGCACUUGAGUACCUUGCAGAAGCAUUCCCAGACCAAGGACCCGCAUUACUCCCACCGAUCUCGGACCCAGAAGGCCGCGCUGUAGUGCGCACGCUGGCGGACAUUAUCUCAUGCGAUAUUCAGCCUGUUACAAACCUUAGGAUUGUGAAGCGGGUUGCGCCGCUGGGGGUGGAGCGUGCUGCCUGGUCGAAGGAUUUGAUGGAAGAUGGGUUUAAGGCUUAUGAAACCGUUGCCAAGGAAUCAGCGGGGAAGUUUAGUGUUGGAGAUUCGAUUACCAUUGCGGACUUGUGUUUGAUUCCUGCUGCAUGGGCGGCCCAGAGAAUGGGUGUUGACUUGACUCAGUACCCGGUUACAAAUGAGAUUGUGAAGAACUUGGAGAUGGAGGAGGCUGUGAAGAAGGGGCAUUGGAGGUCGCAGGAGGAUACUCCUGAGGAACUUCGUAUCAAGGAAUAA